AGCACCGGGUCUGCUGCAGCUGCUGGCACUUGGCUCCAGCCCACACUCCCCGUUCGGUUCCUCGGGUCCGCGUUCCCCGCGCGACCGUCGUGUGGCGGCUCCCUGCGUUGACGCACGGGUCCCGGGCGAUGGCUGCGCGGGGGUGGGGGCGCUGGGUCCUCGGCCUCGGGCCCCUCAUGCUCCACUUCUUCCUCCCUUUCCAGCUGGCCGCAGGGCGCUGGGAUCCGGAGGGCGCGGGGGGCGGCGUGCGCCGAGGGUUAGCUGAACCAUCCGUUGUUGCCAAACACGAAGAUAAUUUGUUUAAGGAUUUAUUUCAAGACUACGAAAGAUGGGUUCGUCCUGUGGAACACCUGAAUGACAGAAUAAAAAUAAAGUUUGGCCUUGCAAUAUCUCAAUUAGUGGAUGUGGAUGAGAAAAAUCAGUUAAUGACAACCAAUGUCUGGUUGAAACAGGAAUGGAUAGAUGUGAAAUUAAGAUGGAACCCUGAUGACUACGGUGGAAUAAAACUUAUACGUGUCCCUUCAAACUCUCUCUGGAUUCCAGAUAUCGUUUUGUUUGAUAAUGCAGAUGGACGUUUUGAAGGGGCCAGUACCAAAGCCGUCGUCAGGCACGACGGCACGGUGACCUGGGCUCCACCGGCAAACUACAAAAGUUCAUGUACCAUCGACGUCACAUUUUUCCCGUUUGAUCUCCAAAACUGUUCCAUGAAAUUUGGUUCUUGGACUUAUGACGGAUCACAGGUUGAUAUAAUUUUGGAGGACCAAGAUGUAGACAAGAGAGAUUUUUUUGAUAAUGGAGAAUGGGAAAUUGUGAGCGCGACAGGGAGCAAAGGGAACAGAACCGACAGCGGCUGCUGGUAUCCUUACAUCACUUACUCAUUUGUAAUUAAGCGUCUGCCUCUCUUCUAUACCUUGUUCCUCAUUAUACCCUGCAUUGGGCUCUCGUUUUUAACUGUACUUGUCUUCUAUCUUCCUUCAAAUGAAGGUGAAAAGAUUUGUCUCUGUACUUCAGUACUUGUGUCUCUGACUGUCUUCCUUCUUGUUAUUGAAGAGAUCAUACCCUCAUCUUCCAAAGUCAUACCUCUGAUUGGAGAGUACCUGGUGUUUACCAUGAUUUUUGUGACACUGUCCAUCAUGGUCACUGUCUUUGCUAUCAACAUUCAUCACCGUUCUUCCUCAACGCACAAUGCUAUGGCUCCGUGGGUCCGCAAGAUAUUUCUUCACAAGCUACCAAAACUGCUUUGCAUGAGAAGUCACGUAGAUAGGUACUUCAGUCAGAAGGAGGAAGCUCGGAGCAGCCGUGGACCCAAAUCUUCUAGAAACACGCUGGAAGCUGCACUGGAUUCCAUUCGCUAUAUCACAAGACACGUCAUGAAGGAGAACGAUGUCCGUGAGGUUGUUGAAGAUUGGAAAUUCAUAGCCCAGGUUCUUGAUCGGAUGUUUCUGUGGACUUUUCUUCUGGUUUCAGUUGUUGGAUCUCUUGGGCUUUUUGUUCCUGUUAUCUAUAAAUGGGCAAAUAUAAUAGUACCAAUUCAUAUUGGAAAUGAAAAUAAGUGA